GAGGGGCACGGCCGGGCUAUUCCGCGGCUCGGCGCCUCCCGCCGGCGCGGCAUGGAGCUGUGCAUCCCGUCCUUCCGCUACGAGGACAGCGACCUGGAGCGCGGAUACACGGUCUUCAAGAUUGAGGUGUUUGUAAAUGGAAGAAAACAUUUUGUCGAAAAGAGGUAUAGUGAAUUUCAUGCUCUCCACAAAAAGCUCAAGAAGUUUAUCAGAACUCCAGAAAUCCCUUCAAAGCAUGUAAGGAACUGGGUCCCUAAGGUCCUGGAGCAGCGGCGACAAGGUUUGGAAUUAUAUUUACAGACCAUAAUUUUAGAAAACGAAGACCUUCCCAAAAUAUUGCUUGACUUCCUCAAUGUUCGUCACGUGCCUUCUCUGCCAAAGGCAGAAAGUUGUGGGUCUUUUGAUGAAACAGAAUCUGAAGAAUCAAGCAAACUGUCCCACCAGCCUGUGCUGCUGUUCCUAAGGGAUCCAUAUGUCUUGCCUAAAGCCAAUGAUGACUUUCCAAACGUAGUUAUUGAGGGAGUUCUUCAUGGGAUAUUCUGUCCUCAUUUACUGCCCAGGUAGAAGUAGUUCAUGGCUCAAAGAAGCUAAAGCAAGUCUCCAAGUCACGUUCAAGGGAAUGAGCAAAACAAAAUUCUAUGGCAUGACAGCUAUUCUUGGAAGCAAAACCACCUCACCUCGAUUUCAAGCUUUAUGUCUUUUAAAAAUGAAAUCAGUGUCACUACAGUUGCUGCUUUAAAACAACAGAAAUGAAAACAUAGGUAUUCUAAUUAUGUAAACUAAUGUAUGGACAUACUCUAACUAUUUAAUACUUUAAAAGGCUGAAAGUCAUACACUGAAUUACACUAAUCUUUCAAAGGAAUUAAAAACUUUAUAAUUAUUUCUUAACUUUUAUUAUGAAUUACACUACUCCUUUCUGAAUCAGAAAUUUCCCCAACGUAUUACCCAUUGCUGGCAGUGGAUGGAUUGAAAGUGCUGGCACUGACAAACAUGUGAGAGAUGGCAAAAAAUAAUGUUUAAAAUUCAAUUGUUUAAACUGAAAAACAGAAGUAAUAUAAAGUAUUGUAUAAAUAUCACUCAACUUUUUUCUUAUUGAAACAAGUUGAGCCUUAUGUGCUUGGGACUUUCCAUUGGGAAACAAGUUUACAUCUUCUGAAAGCAUAGCUUUGUUUCAGGACAGUGGUUGUAUGCAUUUCAAUCUAAAGGCACAGGCAGACCAAUUAUUAUGCAGUGAACAAGAGCGGAGAUUUUGCAAUAUCAGCUAUUAAGGGUCUUGUCCACAGUAAGUGAAAGUUAACCCAUGGUAGCUUAUUCUUUCACUGAGCAGUGUGGUACUGUGCCUUAGUUUUCAUUUACCAGGGGGGAAAUUUGUAUGCAUGGUAAUUCAUUUGUGUGCCCAUGUCCUAAGGCAUUCUAUCCAUCAGGAAGUUUUGUAUGGCAUUUAAAAAGGCCAUUCAAUUAGUUAUUAUUUCUAAAGUGUUUUUAAUUUCCAAGCCAAACUUGCACUGUGGUUAAUAUCCUUACGUUUUGUGAACCAGAGUUUCUACCACUUUGUGGUUAGAUCAAGCAAGAAUGACUGAUAAAGCAGUAAAAUUAUAAGGAUCAGUAUUCAUAUACAUGAAUAAUUAGGCUAGAUGAACUUCAAACUUUGUACCUGCAUUAUUGGAUAUUAUGCCAUGAAAUAAACUACUAGAACAGGA